AUGAACACUCACCCGCAACCGUCAACACUCUCACUCGAGCAGUACCUGAACCUAUGUCCGAAGCUUUUUGACUACCGCUUUAGUGAGAGGGCCAGUGUCCUGAUCUUGGAAAGACUGUUUUCAGAGUUUUGGAAGACGAAUGAAGAAUACAAAACAUUAUUCUUUCCAGAUGGACCUGGCGACGGUUCGUCCACGUAUAAACUGAGUUUUGCACAAAGUGAAGUGGGAGAAUAUACAACUGCGCAUAAGGGAAAGAUGUGUGGACACGUGUUUAAGAAGGGAGAGAGUGUAUAUCAUUGCAAAAACUGUGCUCUAGAUGAUACCUGCGCAUUCUGUGUUCGUUGUUUCCAUGCGACGAAUCAUGAAGGCCAUAAUGUAACGUUCUCAAUAACCGCGAGUUCGGGAGGUUGUUGUGAUUGUGGCGAUCCCGAAGCAUGGAGAGUUCCUAUUAGCUGUGCCUAUCAUACAUCUGAUCCAUCGACGUCAGAAUUGCACGAAUUCGAGAAGCAGCAAUACGAAUCACUACUACCGCAAGAUCUUCUUGAUUCAGUUCAAAGCACAAUAUCUACAGUAUUAGAUUUCAUGUUGGAAACAUUCUCUGCGUCACCAGAUUGUAUGAAAGUGCCCGAGGACGCCGAAUCUGCAAAAAAAGAAGCAAGACAGGCAGCCAAGUGUAUAAAAAAGGGUUUGGAUGAGGGACAUGAGGAAGAGACAUUGUUCGCUGUUGUUCUCUGGAAUGACGAACAGCAUAGUUUUAAUGAAGUCAUUGCUCACGUCGAAGACGCCAUCAAAUGCACUGAACUCGAUGCAAAGAGGAUAGCUGAAAAAGUUGACUCAUAUGGCAGAGAAAUUGUUACAAUUUCGGAUGACCUUCCUUUGUUGCUUGAUCAAGCCAAGAAAAUAUCAAAUAUUAAUCUAGCAGUCACUGUUCGCUCAGCGCGUGAUACAUUCAGGGAAGCAAUGUGUGGAUUAUUUAUUAACUGGUUACGAGACCUGUCGACUGGUAAAAUAGGUUCUCAUCCAACAUUAUUACGUGACAUGAUUUGCGAAGAGCUCUGCAAAGAAUGGAGAGAAGCGAAUUCUGGAAAUUCAACCGCAGCCGAUGAUAUGGACACCGUACCUUCUGAUUAUAUGAGUGAUGAAGACGAUGUUAUGAUUCAGGAUGAUAACGAUUCGGAAGCUAUAUUAUACGAAUCAAGAGAUUAUAUUAUGCCAUUAGAAGAUGCUGAUCCUAUGGAUGAAGAUUAUACACGAGAAGAGAUAGAAGCUAACAACAUUAGGGUUAAUGUUGAAGAUUUCAAGAAAACGUUACGAUUGGACCAAUUUUUACAAUUUGAUUUGAGGUUAUGGAAAGAAGCAAGAGCGGGUUUGUGGAAACUGUACAUUGGGACCCUAGUAGUAAAUCCAAUUUACAAAAAAUAUAUGGGUGUUCGUUUUGCUAGAAACUAUCGUGAUUUAGUCGAGGCUUUUCUGACCAAAGAUCGUGAACCAGAACAUAGCAUUAUUCUCUUCUCCCUUCAGCUCUUCACCGUUCCAACCAUAGCAACAAUGUUAGUAAACCAAUACAACUUUCCUUCAACCAUCUUCGCUAUACUCCAUACUUUCUUUACAAAAGAUAAGAUUGGAGGAGUGGAGUCAAUAGAUCGAAAAGCAAGGAUUAGUUGUGAAUCAGAUGCAUUCAAAAACCGUCGCUAUUUCCAUAUCUUUUACGAUUUAAAGUAUAUCGUUACUCCCAGUUUAACGCAAAGAGUAAUCCCUGAACACCCUCAAUAUUUGAAGCUAUAUUUGGACCUUAUAAUGCUCUUUCAAGGAAUGAAUCCAAAUGUACGCGCUACACAGCAACAUGUAGAAUAUGAAAAUGACUCAUGGAUCCAUGCGUUUAAUCUCACUCUGCAAAUGGCAAAAAGCUGCCGACAGAUGUCUGAAUGCUAUAAUGUAGAUUCUCGAGUACUUAUCCAUACCAUCCGGCAAGUACUUGUGAAGAUAUACGAAUGGAUUUUGACGAGAGGUGAUAACAAAAAUGAUGGAAAGAAAAUUGCUGCUUGGUUACGAAAGGCCAAGAAGUACGGUACCAUUGAUAAAAUAUCGCAUGGAGAGCAUGACGAUGACCUGAUUGCCAAAAGUGAAGACUUUCAUACCAUACGCUUCGGUAGCCACCCAAAACAUUUGGAAUUUAAAGUCGUGAAAUUUAACGUUGCAGCAGCGCCUGUUAGCUUUCAUAAUCCGUUACACUGGUUUUUGGCUGAGCUUCUGGAGAAUAUCAAACUUCUCGAUGAUAAUAUUCUGGCUCACAAUAGUUUGCCUUCUUUCAAGAAUAUGAUGCUAUCGAGUACCGAAGUUUCAGAGAUAACGGAUUUAGACAUAAGAAGACUUCAACUUGCGUUUGAUUUUCCGCUUCGGGUUCUUGUUCUUCUAAUACAGAUUAGAGCUGGAAUAUGGGUCAGAAACGGGUUUGGUAUUAGAGGUCAAUGUCACCACUAUCGGGAAGUGUCGUUGCGCGAAAAUACCUAUGAUGAAGACUUAUUCCUUGUGCAGACAGCUCUUGUUGUCCUGGAUCCUGAAUUGGUACUUGGUACAAUUGUAGACAGAUUCGAGUUAGUAGACUGGGUGAAUGGUCGUCAAACGUCUGCAUUAUAUGAUCGCACUCAGUCAAUAUUUGUGGCUGAAGAAUUCUUAACGCUGUUGAUUGUACUAGUGAGCGAACGUGGCAAUGCGGCUGGGUUGGAUCCAGAACAAAAGAUUAGACGAGAGAUAAUACACGGACUUUGCCUUGGUCCUCUAGCUUAUUCUGAACUUACUAAGCGCAUCCCUGAACGCCUGAGUGAAGAUUCAAAGUUCGAUGAAAUGUUAUCUUACCUGGCUACAUAUCGUCCUCCUGACAGCCUAACCGAUCAUGGCACUUACGAAUUAAAGGAUGACUUUUUCGAUGAAGUUGACCCUUAUUUUGUCCAUUACACAAGGAAUAAUCGUGAAGAAGCAGAAGAAGUAUUGAAAAUGAGAUUAAAAAAGAAGCUUGAAUCGCAAGGAAAGAGUGCACAACCAGUUCUAAUUCCUAAAUUAAUACCCAUUACUUCGGGGCCAUAUAUUAAUUUGGGAGAUGUACUUCACACACGGCUUAUGAAUCAGAUUAUUUACUAUGCACUACGGCAUGUGAAGUCGGAUUUUACGAAAUCAGAUACGUUAGUCGAUGAAGCUUUACAAUUGGUAAUGAUGGCAUUUUUGGAUGAAAAUAAAGAUUAUGCAAACAUGAUUGAUAGAAAAGGUAAAUCACGGGCAAUGGAUACUUCAUCAACACGAGCACAAGAGAAACCGUCGUUUUUGGAUCAUGCAGUCCAUGACCGAUUCCCAACAACUAAUCUCAAAAAGGAAAGUCUACUCGAAUUCCUGCUUGGUCUUUCAGUAGAUUCGGCAUUCAAAGAGUUUCACGCAAAACUUCAAUUCAUAAUCGACAGCUUUGAAAAAUUUGGUAAUGAUCAAGCAAGAAACGCGAUUAAGAAUUUCCGAGAGGAGAUCGAAACUCUGUCGAAACAGAAGGGUUCUAAAGAGACGGAAUUAUCGGAAUACGAACGUAAGAAACGGGCAGCUAAAGAACGUCAGGCGAAGAUUAUGGAGCAAUUUGCGAAAGCGCAACAAAGUUUUAUUGAGAAACAUGAAGAUUUGUAUGGGGAGGAUGAAGACAUGGAUGAAGAUUGGGAAAUAACAGGUGAUGAGGAGCACGCAGAUGACGAUGAAGUACAUAAGCUAGAGACUUUAUGGCAUUAUCCUAGCGGCACCUGCAUUGUAUGUCAAGAAGAAACAACCGCAUCUCAGAUGUACGGUAUGCUCGGUCUUAUACAGCCAUCCUCUAUGAUGAGACAGACACCUUUUGAUGAUAAAGACUAUGUGAUGGAAAUAAUUGAGCUGCCUGAGAGUUUAGACAGAAAGUAUGAUCGUACGGUACCGUAUGGCGUUGCUUCUAAAUUGUAUGAUCCUCAUGACAAACCUGGUAUCAACGAAGAGAAUUUAGACAAACCGUUACUCAGCAAAGGCUUUCCUUCAAAAUCAUGUAGACCCGGUUUAUAUGCGUCAACGUGUGGACACUUAAUGCACGUUAAAUGCUUUGAGACAUACUUUGCAUCUCUGGAACAACGACAUCAGUCACAAUUGGCUCGUAAUCAUCCCGAAGACGUUAAACGCAAAGAAUUCAUGUGUCCAUUAUGCAAAAGUCUUGGUAACACGCUUUUGCCCAUAGUCUGGAAAACCAAGAAGGAAAUGUUCCCUGGUGUGUUAGAACCAAAAACAUAUUUCAACACAUGGCUUAAUGAAGAAGUUCCAUCGAAUUUGAAGAAGUUGGAGAAAUCGAUUCAACUACAACUACCUGUAUCUGCUAAUGCUGCAAUAGCCGGCAUCCCCAGUGAUUAUGGUGCUUUAUUUGAAAUAACUUCUAGUUUGCCGCAACCUCGAAGAAGAAGUAGCAGUAGUACGAGUAGAUUCCGUGAGGCAAUAAAUCAAUUAGUACAUGAAUUCUGGAGGCAACCAACUUCUUCAAUUAGUAGCAACGAAGCCAAUUCAUCACCUGCUUCUGUGGUUGAUGCUUCCACAAUGACUGAGGAUGAAGAUAAAGACACACGAAAAAUGUACGAGCGUCUUGUCGAAGUUCUUCGAAUAUCGUCAGAACAAUUGUCUCCCUUGGAAGGUCCAAGCGCGCGUGUUCAUUUGUUGAAGUCUGUUGAUAUCUUAUGGGAAUUAUUUGGAGGCACGAUAACUUGUGUUGAAAUCGCACAGAGAGGAGUGGCAAGCACAUCGACAGAUGGUCUACCAAGUUUCACUCUAGUAGAUAGUAUUAGCACUCAGAUGUUGACCCUGUUAAGAGUGUUGUCGGAAACAAUACCUAAAUAUACAAAUAUAAUGGUUAGUGCGCCAUUGGGAGAAGUCAAAUUGAAGAAAUUUGUCGCUCAGAGGUUUAGAGAGCUAUUUGCAGAUCACCCAGCAUUCCCAACAGAGGACAAUAAGACAGGAGGCUCAUUCUUGGCUAAUUUAAAGGUGGGGCCCUUCCUGCUCGAGGAUCCAUUCUUAGUGUUAGCAGAGAUAUCAAUGUAUCCAGCUUCGCUUGUACAGUUUGAAUUCCAUCAUCUAAUGCGGCUAUUAUAUAUAGCAGAAAUAGUGAGAAUAAUUAUUGCAAUCGGUGAAUCAAGCAUAGACCCACAGACACGCGGAUGGGUCGACAACCCGUGCAUUAGCAUUGGUAACCCCAAUUAUGAACAAGCACAAGAACGACAGCGAGAAUUUGUGUCUAUCAGAAAGUUUGCAGCGUGGGCUUUACAUACAACUGGAAUGGCUGAUAGAGACAUAAUACAAUUUUUGAAUGACGUACCCGAGCCAUUACUGUAUAAAAUGGUUAAAACAUUUUCUCUUCCCUUCUUACGUAAAUGUGCUAUUCUGAUGAAUGCAAAAUAUGGAGUAGUUUAUCCAAAGCCUGGGUUAGAAAGCUUAGAGAUGGAUGAAGUGGAUGAGCACACGCGGUUGUAUAAAUUGUUUAGAUUACCUUCUCUUGAGGAGAUAUUUGCGAUACCUGAAUCGCGUUCUGGUAAUGAUGCUGUGUUAGCUACUAUAAUGAAUGGAUGGUGUUCUCGGCUAUAUUCUUGGCGACAAGACUCCUCUCGUGGCUCUGUAAGGUCUACCAGCAGAACUGCGAAUACGGUUUUACCUAAUGUUUCCUCAUCCUCAUCCUCAUCUUCAUCACAGACACAGUUUCAUACACAUCAAUUACUGCCAGUGAGUCAAACGACGCCACCACGCAUAGCAGAGGCGAAGAUAAGGUUAAAUCAUCCCGCUAUAUUUGAGCUUGUCGGAUUGCCGAAGAGAUUGGAUGCUUUGUUUGAGAUUAGUAUUCGGAAAGUAUGUGAGAAAUGUAAUUCAGUACCACAUGAUCCUGCUCUGUGCUUGUUGUGCGGAGAUUUCGUUUGCUUUCAGAGUUAUUGUUGUUCAGAUAAGGACGGAGGAGAGUGUAAUAUACAUGCGCGGUGCUGUGCUGGGAAUAUCGGAAUGUACUUGUUAGUGAAGAAAUGCGUCCUUCUAUUAUUACAUGGAGAUAAUGGUUGCUUCAUGAAUGCACCAUACUUGGACACGCAUGGAGAAGUCGACUUGGGAUUAAAGUAG